GUUCAACCUUUCAACCUCCUCUCAUAUCAUGUCUGUAACCCGGCAACUCUCCAACAUCCCUCUCCAAUAUGCCUGAGACCCGUCGACUUCUGGAGGCAGCGACUGCCCUCUCUCAACUCCUCCGCGCCAGCGGGGUUCCCCACGCCUUCUACGGAAGUUUAUUCACUGCAGUCGUUACUAGCAGCACACAAGCCGAUGAAAUCUUCUGCAUAGUCGAAGGGGGCAGCACUCAUCCAUUCCGUCGUGUGCGCCAGGCGCUCACAGGCAGGCAAGACAUCACUAUCACCGCCUCACCAUGGAGUAAUCGUCUGCAUGCAAAAUACCAUCGGUGCAUUCCUCCAAUAGAGAUCGAGAUACUACCUGCAGGGGAAGCUGGUCCUCGGCGCCUAGACGCAUUGACCGUCACCGUCAUGAGUGGUAUCCCUUUCUUGUCGAUAUCCGAAUUCAUCCGCGCCAAACUGAAAACGUGGUUAAUCCGCGGAUCUGAACGAGACGCACAAGACAUCAUCUUCUUCGUCAGUCGAUAUUGGAACAGCGUUGAUAUGAACCGUAUCCCAGAGCACGACAUGAACCAUUUUGUGGAGGUCUAUGGGGCUGCUGCGCCAGGGUGGGCGGCAUUGAAAAGGAAGUAUGGUAUGUAA